AUAUAUACCCGGCGCUCGGCUGCGCUCCACCUGGGUGCCUCCUGCAGUCCCUUACCUGCGAAGGGAGCGCUGAUCAUGGCUCCUUGGCCGGAGUUGGAAAAUGCCCAGCCCAACCCCAAUAAAUUCAUUGAAGGGGCCUCAGGUCAGUCGAGCACGCAAGCCAAAGACAAGGAGACCAGCAAAAAUGAUAGCGGGACUUCUGUAGCCAAGAUUGAACUUCUACCGUCCUAUUCUACUGUGGUUCUGAUAGAGGAGCCCUCUGGAGGGAGCGACCCCUGGGGCCUGUCUGAACUCCGGGACAAUGGGAUCAAAUGGUCUGAGAGAGACACCAGAGGGAAGAUCCUCUGCAUUUUCCAGGGGAUUGGGAAAUUCAUCCUUCUCCUGUGCUUUCUCUACUUGUUUGUGUGCUCCUUGGAUGUACUGAGCAGUGCCUUCCAGUUGGUUGGAGGAAAAAUGGCCGGGCAGUUCUUCAGCAACAACUCCAUCAUGUCUAACCCUGUGGCUGGACUGGUGAUAGGCGUGCUGGUGACAGUCAUGGUGCAAAGCUCCAGCACGUCCUCAUCCAUCAUUGUCAGCAUGGUUGCUUCCUCAUUGUUGACCGUGCGGGCUGCCAUCCCCAUCAUCAUGGGCGCUAACAUUGGAACCUCUAUCACCAAUACUAUCGUGGCCCUGAUGCAGGCGGGAGACCGGAACGAGUUCAGAAGGGCAUUUGCGGGGGCCACUGUCCAUGACUUCUUCAACUGGCUGUCUGUUUUCGUGCUGUUGCCUCUGGAGGCUGCCACCCACUACCUGGAGAUUCUGACCAACCUCGUGGUGGAGACCUUCCAGUUCCAGAAUGGAGAAGAUGCCCCAGACAUUCUGAAAGUCAUUACAGACCCCUUCACAAAGCUCAUCAUCCAGCUGGAUAAGAAGGUCAUCCAACAAAUUGCAAUGAACGACCCAACAGCCCGUAACAAGAGCCUGGUCAAGAUCUGGUGUAAAACUAUAACCAAUGUGACUCAGGUGAAUGUCACCGUACCCUCGCCUGAUAACUGCACCUCAACUUCACAUUGCUGGACCAAUGGCGUAGAGACCUGGACCAUCCAGAAUGUGACCCACACGGACAACAUCGAUAAAUGCCAGCACAUCUUCGUGAACUUUGACCUCCCGGACCUGGCUGUGGGCAUCAUCCUGCUCACUGUCUCCCUGCUGAUCCUCUGUGGCUGUCUGAUCAUGAUAGUCAAGCUCUUGGGUUCUGUUCUCAAGGGACAAGUUGCUGCUGUCAUCAAGAAGACCCUUAAUACUGAUUUCCCCUUCCCCUUUGCAUGGUUGACCGGUUACCUGGCCAUCCUCGUUGGGGCAGGCAUGACCUUCAUAGUGCAAAGCAGCUCCGUGUUCACCUCUGCCAUGACGCCGCUCAUCGGCAUCGGGGUGAUCUCCAUUGAGAGGGCAUAUCCACUCACGCUGGGCUCCAACAUCGGCACCACCACCACUGCCCUCCUGGCUGCCUUAGCCAGCCCAGGCAACACUCUGAGGAGUUCCCUCCAGAUUGCCCUGUGCCACUUUUUCUUCAACAUCUCCGGAAUCUUGCUGUGGUACCCAAUCCCAUUCACCAGACUGCCCAUCCGUCUGGCCAAAGGCCUGGGCAACAUCUCCGCCAAGUAUCGCUGGUUUGCGGUCUUCUAUCUCAUCUUUUUCUUCUUCCUGACCCCGCUGACCGUGUUCGGCCUGUCUCUGGCAGGCUGGCCAGUGCUGGUGGGCGUGGGCGUGCCCAUCAUUCUAGUGGUGCUCCUGAUUGUCUGCCUCCGGAUGCUGCAGUCCAGGUGCCCUCGGAUCCUGCCCCUGAAGCUCCGAGACUGGAACUUCCUGCCCUUGUGGAUGCACUCUCUGAAGCCCUGGGACAACGUCAUCUCCCUGGCCACCACCUGCUUCCAGAAACGCUGCUGCUGCUGCUGCCGGGUGUGCUGCCGGGUGUGCUGCCUGGUGUGUGGCUGCAAAUGCUGCCGCUGUAGCAAGUGCUGCAGAGACAUGGAGGAGGGGGGCGGGGAGCAGGAGGUCCCUGUCAAGGCCUCUGGAGCCUUUGACAACGUAGCUAUGACCAAAGAGUUCCAAGAUGAGGGCAAGGGUCAAGUGGAAGCCCUGGACAUGAAGGCCAUGUCCAACACCACUGUGUUCUAGGGGGCAGGGCGCACAGGAGUCAGGGGAGGUGGGGCUGAGUCCCAUUGGGACCCCCCCCACAGGUCUCCUACCACGAACAGAGUUUUAUCCACUCUAGCAGAGUAUCAUUCUAUAGGCGAAUUGGCCUUACCUUGUCCCCUGCUUCCCAAGCGCCUUCCUUCUCAACAGACAGAGGACACAGAUUUAGGCUGUGAACAUGGCCCCACAGGUGACCGCAUCCAGUUCUGGCUAGGCCUUCAAGGACCAUCCUCACCCAAAGGACAAGUGUUAAGGGAGGCAUUAGGGAAGGCUCUGGAAAGGCUCUAUGUAAGAAUAUUUGUAAAUAUAUGUACAAAGCAGUCCUUUCUUGGCUGUAUAACCUCAGCCACAUCUCUCUUAUCAAAGCCCACUGCUCUCUACCCAGUAGCCCCUCCUAAGCAUCCCUGCCCCAGGUUAGCCAGUUCAGACAAAAUGAGGUAAUUGUUUGGAGCCCAUAGUCGGUACAUGGUCCUCAUCAGGGCUUCAGCUGGAGGGUUAUGUCUGGUCCAAGCAGUGGAUCACAGUGUCCUCUGGCUUAGGGUUCACGACAUGUUUGGCUCACCCACUUGUUUAUUUGCCUAGGGUCUAAUCUAGAAUGUGGGCCUUGUGGUUACAGGGUAGGUACUAGCACCCUCUUGGUCAGAGAGCAGUAUUCCUGAUGGGACUUGUGUAAGACCGGUCUCUUAGGCCCUCUCCACUGGUACCAUCUGGAAUCAUCUUCUUGUAGAGGGUGUGUUCAUCCUGUUUUGUGCAAGGAGACUCUCUGGGCUAGGUUUUAGUGGUGUGUUCCAUCCAUCCACUCACCCUCCCGCUCAUGCAUUCAGUGGGAUCUUUCCAAAUACAUUCCACAGAUGAGCUUUGUCCUGCCUCCUUGCAUUCCUACAAAGCUCCAAGGGGAUUCUCAGGAGGGAGGAGGUGGGAAAUGGCUAGGUGUGCUCAGAUUCAAGUUGAAGCUUUGUAGGGUUUGUGGAUGGCUUGUAGGUAAAGGAUGAGAAUCCUAGCCACACUGGAUCUUACCUGUGCCUUUUAGGCCCCUCCCCCUCCCCUUGUAAUUCCCACUACCACUGUCCCCCUCAGCUUGAUUCAGGACAGGGAGUGGGGCUCCAUAAGACUUUGCUCUCCAUUUUCUCCUAACACGCCCAUCACCAUCUGAACAGGCUGAGAUUCCAAACUGAACCCCUCUGUAGAUAAAAGUUCCCAAAGAGCCACUUAUGUGGCAUAUUUAUAGCUAUACAUCUGUACAGAAUCCUUCAUAAGUUAUAUAGUAAGUAGUGAUUUGUUUUAUAGUGUCUCAUUUGGAAAUGAGGCAGGGUUCUUUUAUGUACUGUGAAGAACAGAAAGAGCACCUUUAUAUAUUUUGUAAUACUGCCUUUAAACACGACUCUGAGGCCACGCCACCCCUCCCCCUGUAAAUAUGUAAGUUACACCCCAGAGGUGGCUUUGCACUCUUUUUUUUUAAUGGGAUCCUUGUACCUAUGUUAAUUUGUAUUUUUUUUUAACCAAUUGAGGGAAGGGAGAAAUAAAAAAAAUCAAAUCCCC